AUGACGGAAGCAGUAGCGGCGGGGGAAGUGAACUUAGAUGAGUCGGUUGAUCGGUUCGACCUAGUGUGCAAGCGGCUCCUUGAGUACGAUGACGCGUGGUAUACGAUGCGGGUCGAAGAGAACCAUCUCCUUUUCGGUGACGAGGACAGCACGGAAAACAGGAGAAAAAGAGCUGCUGAUGAGAGGAGAUACUUCAAAUGCUUUUAUGACUCUUUCAAGGGACGGGACAGUAAGUACAUCGUUGCCUUAAUAGGAGAAGUACUCACGCAUGAAGCCACGGAGCGGGCCAACCUGAAAGAAUACGAGUUUGUUGAGUUCCUUGCCAUCUGCAACUCAGCAGCCAGUGUGUUGGGAUUUGAAUCUGUGUAUCAAGUGUACUUUUCAUCGAUCCAUCCAAUUGAGGCAGAAGAAGUUGAACGGAGGGUCAUCGAGAGUGAGUACUAUGACAUGCUGAUAGAAAUAACAUUCACGCUAGAGUGUCUACACCGGAGGGUGAUUAUGUUUGUCGAGGAACCAGCGGGCAUGAAGGUAUUUGAGGAUGGGGAAACAAGGGAUUGGAUCAAAGCACAUAAGAAACAGGUAGAGCGCGAGCGCAGGGAGGAAGAGAUAAGGAUGAAGAAGGCAGAAGAGGCCGCAGCACUGCGGCUCGUCUGGAGGCAACGAGAAGCAAACCAAAUCUUUGCGUUUAUGGAGACAGAGCAAAAGGAGCGGUCGGACAUCGAAGGCCUUCAAGGCCUCCACUUCAGACACAUCGCUUCCCGGCAAUUUACAGAGGUCAGAGAGGCACGGUACCAUCAGAAAAAAUAUGAACUGUUGCAGCGUUUGUUGUCAGCGGAGGCAAGUAGGAGUCUAGCAGCUGAAGAGACGACAGGUAGGAUCAACCUAAUGCUCCAGCAGAGGGAUUAUCAUCUCGCUCUAGCUGCUGAUUGUGCGAUGAGCUUCUACUCCACUAGGAGGAAUGUUCUCAUGAACGAGUUGAUGGCUAAGGAACGGUAUGGCACGGAGCAUACGCAACUUGACGACUAA